AUGAUUGGUCGAGGUUCACGAGAUUGGACCAAUGAGCGCGCGUGUGUGAAAAAAGACCCUUUGAUUUGCUGUGUGUGCACCUGUGUUCGGAUCAACGCAAUUCACCUGCUGAUCGACAUCGCCCACGUGAUCGCCGGUGAACUGGCUGUCAUCCGUCAGAAUGGAAGUUUCAACGACCUAGGAUGCAUCUCGUUAGUUCUUCACGUCGGUACCCAGACCCACUGCAAAGAUGAAUGGACAACCAGCGCAGGAAUCGUCGGCUCGACUCCUCUGUCGGGUGAAUCUCCACUCGAAGGCCGACCACGAGUGGAGUUAUGGCGCUGUACAAACCUGCGGUUGUCGAUUCCAACCAACCAAUAG